ACGGGGGAGAUGGAAUCGAGGACGGGAUAUCGAAGAGCGCGUGAUCGAUGAGAGGCGAUUUUCUUUUUUCUUCCUUUUUUUUUUUUUUUGGAGAAAGAUCGAAAGAUGUAGAAUUGAUUCGCGAAUUCGAGCUCUCGAGUUGGAGAGCUCUUGGAAAGUUUCGGCGAUCGAGCUCUUCGAUUUCUUCGACCGAUUUCUUCUCAACCGCCAUGCGUGGAGGAAAUUUUUUAAAAUCGGUGCACGUGCGAGGAGAGAGAGAGAGAGAGAGAGAGAAAGAGAGUGAGAAAGAGAGAGAGUGAUAACGCGAAUAAUAAUAGCGGAGAGGUUGAAAGAAAGACGCGGGUGCGGUGUGUCGAAGAGAGAGAGAGAAAGAGAGAAAGAGAGAGACGAGUGCGAGAGAAAGGAGAAGAGAGGAUGGAAGGACCGACGAUACGAAACGGGAAAAAGGAAAUGAGAAAAAGAAAAAAAAAUAGUAAAGAGGAACGAGUAAAGAUGAAAAGUUGGAAAAUUAGAGGGAACGUAUUGAAAAUCGCGUUAGCAACUGGAACUCGAGAAAAUAAGGAAUACGAAAAACCGCGGAAACGAAGCACGAAUGCGUUUUGAAAAACACUGUACACAGCUCCUCCUUCUCCCUGUAUAUUAUUAUAAUUAAACAAUUAAUUAUUAUUAACGUAAAAUAAAGAUCUGGCGAAUGGUGGUGACGUUUUGUUAGAAUGGCAGAAGCUAAAUUACUACUGAAUUUUAAUUAAUAAACGACAUGAAAGUAAUACAACAACGUAUUUCACGUUUCUUUUUCUUUUUCUGCUUCAUUUGCCGAGAAUCAUUUGCCGAAACCUUCGAAAGAGAAAGAAAAUACUUGACUUUUCGCGACGACGAAGCGGCGAGGACGGAUCCCUCCGCGGAUAUUUUCGCGAGCUCUUGGAUCGCCUCCUGGAGGAGGGACACGGUUUGGCUGGCGAAUUCGCGUGCCAGAACGCGGCGAGUACUUUCGAAAACGGGGGAUCCACCUCGAUUUCGAGGCGAGCACAAUCCUUCCCGUUUCAAUUACCGGCCGCGAUAAUGGGACGAGCGCUCGUAACCGUUAAUCAUCGUGAUAGGCGAUGCGACAAGUGGAUAAUUAACCGGGAAGAAGGUUCGAUCGGAUCUCGCUCGUCGAUUUUCAUUCCUUCCAGUGACGCAACGCGAAAAAAAUAUCGCGAUUCCCAUCGAAUUUCUACUCCGCCCGAUAUUUUCGAGGCGGGAACGCGACUUGCCAACGUUUCUCUCCUCGUUUCUCCUUUUUCCUCCCCUCGACUUCGACCAAGAUACCGAAAUCGCUGCAAUUACGCGCACGUUGAACGCGCUGGACUCGUCGAAUCUCGGAUCCGCGCGUCCCAAUUAAUCCGCGUCCCCCCACCGCCAAGCGCUCCCGAUUGCGACGACAGGCCGAACGAGAUUCCAUAAUUGAGCUUCUCGAACGCUUUUCCACGCGAACUAACGCCACAUGGUUCCAAUCGGCCGCGAAAUAAUUGGAGGUAGAUUCUGGCUGGUCCAAUUUUUCCUUUCGCGAACCGUCUCGAUUUGGAAUCGUGGCGAAACUCCUGCUCGAAACAACAACUCCUCCAACUUGCGCAAAUAUACGUUUCGUCCAAGAUUAAUCGACGUUUAAUCCACUUUGCACAGCUGGGAUCUCGAUGUGUCGGGCCGCGAUAGAAAUAUAUUCCUCGAGACGAUGUUGGAGAGGGCGUCGAUAACGUUACCUACAUACAUACAUAUAUAUAUAUAUAUAUAUCUUCUUUGAUAAUCGGCUUUCGAAAAUUUUCGUUGGGACCAAUUCUUUCUUAAGAGAGAAACAAAAUAAAAGAGAGAGAGAGAGAGGGGCGUGUUAUUAAAACGAUGGACCUCGAGGAUAGCCCCUGAUCCGACAAGCGGGAUAAUCCUGGCUUCUCUGCUCUCGCUUCUAACGAGAAGUCGUCGGCGGAGAGUUGCAACGAUCCGUAUCCCGUACGAUUGGUUACGAAAGCGGGCAGGAAGGCAGAAAAGCGAGGGAUCGAUCGAUGAAAUAUCGAUACUUGGAACGGCGCGACGGCGACUCGACUCGACUCGACUCGACUCGGCUCGACUCGACGCAUUUUCUUCGUUCCGAGAAAAGGAGAAUAGAAUCGCGCGUGUUGGACGUGUUCCGACGGACACGAGGGAGCUUCCGGUUCCUGCGAGCGGGGCCUUCUCUCCGGGUUCCCGCUUCGAAGCGUAUCCAACGAUUAUUACGUGGAAGCGCGAAUUGCCUUUAAUUAUGCACGGCGAGGCGCGCGCGCGCGGCUAACCGGUAAAGAUAUACCAGACACGAGGGGGGUGAUUGUUUCUUUUCUCGGGCAAAAGGCGGGAAUUCUUUGUUGGAGGGGUCGCGUUUCGCGGGGGAAUGGACGGCAGGGGCAGGCUGGAACGGACAACCGUUAAAUCAAUUUUAAGAACAGGUUUCGAUCCGGCGAGCGCGCUUCCCUAUCGAUUCCUAGGAUCUCCUCGAGAGAGUUGAGCCAAGCGCGAGAAACGAGGCGACAGAAUUUUUGCGGGAUACGGUGACAUAACGACGCGACGCAACGAGAGUCGACCGACCGGUCGCGCCGUCCUUUUCGUCCUUUUCCUCCCCUGCUCCCCGAUACUCUGACCGAUCAGCCUCCGUUCUUAACCCCCUCCGUCGCGUGAGAAAAAGGGCGCGAAAAGUGGAGUGGAGCGGAGGAAAAUCGGACGGUUUUCGCCUCGGUCGGUGACGAGUUCCCCGUUGAAAAUGAGGGGAGAGGAGGAGGCGCGAGCAAGAGAGGAAGGUGAUAAACAUGGAGGAAGGGGGGAGGGACCCUGAAAGAGGCGCGAGAAGAAAUGGGUGGAAAAGAAUUGGAAAUCGGAGGAGAAAUGGAAAGUGGAGGAAGACGGAGAGGGAGAGGCGCAGGCGCCAACCACUCCACCCACUACCACUACCACUACCACCCCCUUUCGAAACAUGGGAAGACAUGCGCUCUGCGCUUUCUCCUUCUUCCUCCCUCCUUCUCCCGGAUCCGCCACGCUCGUUCCGUUCACAUCCACCGAAAUUAUCGUUAUAGGCGUAUCGUGACGUCCGUGUACGUGCACGACGCGCUCGCGAUUCGCUUCGUCCACUCCUCCCCCUCCCCGAGUUUCUCCAAGAGAGCUUCGUCCCCGAUAUCGUUCGAUUCGAGAGACCGGAUAUUCCCGAGCUUAUUAUUUACCAACCAACGUUUCGCAUCGUUUUCCGCGACGUCGUUUUCGCGGUCUGAAAAGUCGAGCAGCAACGCGUCCUUCCCGACAGGUUUUUUCGCCCGGAUGACUUACGGCGCCAGACCAAUCGGCCGGUUCGCAUUCCUCGACUCGCGCGCAUUGCCAACGCGUGCACUGCAUCGCGCCCGUUUCAAUAGUUCCAGAACCAGAGACGCGAAAGCGUGCAGCCUUUCGAGACGUUGCCUCGCGCGACCUUAACCGGAACACCCGGUUAAUUACAUAUAUAUAUAUAUAUAUAUAUAUAUAUGUAUGUAUAUAUAGGGAAACACCUUUCACGAAUCUUUCUUCGUUGUCUCGGUAAUCCGUCGUUUCGUUUCGCGGGAGAGGGUUUGAAGAGAGUGGAAGAAACGGGCGCGUCCGAUCUCCGGAGGAGAGCUCGUUGACAUUCCAGGAACGCGAGGCGUGAACGCGAAUCCUGAAGACGGUGGCGCAUUGAUUUAAUAGCCGAGAUGCCCACACCUCGGAGGGGAAUCGCAUCUCGUGGCUCGGUUUUCGCGUCGAACGGGCGGAAACGCACGAAACACGUAUAUACAUACACAUAUAUACAUAUUCGGUUGUGCAGGAACGAAUACGUGGACGAUAACGCGCGGUGCACUCGCGGCGGCGGCACGCGUGUGCGGAGGAAACAAUUGAACCUCGUCCUUUCCUCUCUCUUUCUCUUUCGCGGGAUACUCGCCUCUUCCUCCUCUCUUCUUUCUCUUUCUCCCCCUUCCUCACCGGCCCCUGCCAGCCAAGCUUAAUAAGCACAGCUACCUACAUUCCAUUUCCGGUGCGCUGACGUCACUUGACAAUCCGGCUACGGACAGCUCGUCGAGCCACGCACGUACGUACGACCGAGCCUCGUCCAUCCUUUAGGUAUAACCCACACCUCUCGCGCGACGUUUCACCAAGCGGUUACGAUUUCCUCUCUCGACGUGGCCUCCGAUCGACGCCCAACGCGCUUCGUUCCGUCCCGUCCCGUCCCUCCUCCUUCCUUUCGACUCGGGACCAGUUCGGGAGCAAUCGAUUUCUUCGAUCCCGUUUCCCGAAUAUCUCGCCGAUUUCUUUCGUUCCUUCUGUCACCGCACAUGCACACGCGCGCGCAUGUACGUGUAUUUAUACACGCGUGUGUAUAUCGCGGGUAGGAUAGAUAUCGCGAGCUGUAACGAAAGCGGGGGAAGAGGAGAGGAGGGGAAGGGAGGGGAGAGGCGGAGGGAGGGAAGGAGCGCGAUCGCGGUUUGUCGAAGCGACGACGCAAGCAGGUAGGCCUUGAACAGCUCCGGACCCACGCGCGCGGGUCUCUCUCUAGGAGUGUUGGCUCUCCCGUGUAUAGAGGCAUUCUCGGUUGGCGCUGCUGGGCAAAAGACAGAUAAAUAACUCAGCUUACAGAUUUGUCUCGUAUCGUCCUGCUGCAAGCGAUCGUUCCAGUGUCCUGUCGCAGCCAGGCAUCGUGUCAGUGUGGAAAUGCAUAAUUACAAUAGAAUUUACGGUAUAAGUUGUGUUAAAUCAAUGUUAAUCGCUGUAGCGAAGUGGGGUAUUACAAUAAAUACAUUAUUUUAUGUAAA